AUUAGAUCCAUGGUUAGUCCUUCUCGGCUUCUCCAUAGUUCCGUAGCCUAUGUUUCCCGUCGAGAAUUCUCGAAUACUAUGUGCAGUGCAGUCCCCAUAUUCCCCAUUGCACCGAAGAAUCCUGGGCUACAGCCUAGAGGGUUCAGCUACCACUUCAAACUGAAAGAAAGCAAGCAUCAGAGCAAAACUAAAGUGCCCAAGAAGGAGAUGGAGAUCCCGGUCAUUGACUUUAGCCAGCUCGAUGGAGAGAACAGGAGCAAGACCAUGGCUCUCCUCCAUAAUGCUUGUGAGAAAUGGGGCUUCUUUAAGAUAGAGAACCAUGGAGUCAACAAGGACUUGAUGGAGAAGGUGAAGAAUCUCGUGAACUCCCACUACGAGAACAACCUGAAGGCAAGCUUCUACGAGUCUGAGGUGGUGAAAAGUUUGGGAAAUGGGCGUACCUCGAACAUGGACUGGGAGAGCAGCUUCUUCAUCUCGCAUCGGCCAAAGUCCAACAUGGAUGAGUUCCAGAAUCUCUCGGAGGAUCUCCGCAAGGCAAUGGACGAGUACAUAGCUCAGCUGAUCGAGCUUGCAGAAAAGCUCUCUGAGCUCAUGUGUGAGAAUCUCAGUCUGGAGAAGCACCACAUAAAGAAGGCCUUCUCAGGAAAGACAGGCCCUUCUGUAGGCACGAAGGUGGCGAAAUACCCCAAGUGCCCUCAGCCCGAGAAUGUUAGAGGGCUUCGGGAGCACACUGAUGCUGGUGGAAUAAUCCUUCUCCUCCAGGAUGACCAGGUCCCGGGGCUUGAGUUCCUCAAGGAUGGGGAGUGGGUCCAGAUACCGCCUUCGAAGAACAAUGCGAUCUUUGUGAACACGGGGGAUCAGAUUGAGGUUCUCAGCAACGGAAGGUACAAAAGUGCCCUGCACAGGGUCAUGACCAUUAAGGAUGGAAGCAGGCUCUCAAUCGCCACAUUCUAUAACCCUGCAGGGGAUGCCAUAAUUUCUCCGGCUCAGAAGCUAUUAUACCCAAAUCAGUUCAGCUUUGCAGACUACCUGAAAUUGUAUGCUACCACCAAGUUCCUGGACAAAGAACCACGGUUUGAGUCCUUGAAGAAGAUGACUAGUGCCUGUAACGGCGUCAUUGUCUAGAGAAGAAUUCUACUUGAAGACUUCCACUUGCUUAUUCUUUUCGGUUUUGCUUGGUAUGGUUUUGCUCUUUUUCUUGCUGUGUGAUUUGUAAUUCCAAGAGAAGGCGAUGUACUAGUCUUCCUGUUGUCAAGCUAUGUCUCUUCUUUGAGUACAGAAACAUGAAGAAUACUAUUUCAAAAAUACUUCAAAUACAAGACUUUGUUACUGCAA